AUGUGCAUCCGAGCUGGGCGUGUAUGCCAAGGGUAUGCGGCGCCACCCGACAGGAGAACCCGUGAGGUCCGAGAUGCCCGCACCGCGAAGACAAAUGGAGGUGCUCUAAACAUUGUGCAUGUAUGCCAGCAACAAGCUCAAGCCGCUGGUUUGGUCCAUGUGGUGGAUAGCAGUCAAGUUGGCUUAUCACGGAUGGAACGGGAUUAUUUGUAUUCAUUCCGUUCAUAUACUGCUAGCCAGUGUGCUGGAUAUAACUUCGACCCAUUCUGGCAGGUACUUGUUCAUCAAGUCAGUGAAUCUUGCCCUGAGGUGCGCCAUGCAGCGAUUGGUAUCGGUGCCUUGCAUCGUAGAUUUGCGAACCCCGCUUCAGACCGGAACGACAUUUUCCCAAUUCGGCAAUCCACAAAGGCGAUUGCUUGUCUCCGCACGGCUAUGAUGAAGGACGACCAAUCAGAUCCCUCGACCACAGAAAAAGUCCUAGUGGCUUGCGUUGUUUUAGUUACCUUCGCUAUAUUUCAAGGCGAUGUUGAUGCCGUUCGCUGUCAUCUGCGAGCUGGGACUAAACUCCUCUGGGAGUGGAGGCAGAAGAAUUCUAAGAGCCCGGUUGCUUCGGUUUUAUUACAUACAUUUAUUCAGCUCCAUAUCCAUUGGGCGAGUGCUACAAGGCUCGAGGAUUAUAAGGGAGCAGACUUUCCCUAUCUUCUAGAACUUAUCCAUGAUAACCUCGUCGAUAUUUCUACAUAUGCGGAUGAACUCUCAAAAGCGACUCUCCUAGUGUCUGUUCAAGCUUGGUCAUUAAUCUUGAGUGACCCCGUGUCGCUUGACCCGAUGAUCAGCAAUAUGUCACAAGGAUUUACAUGGGACACCCCUGCAAACAAGGUCCAUCGAUUUAAUACACAAGUACAGCAGUGUACUGUUCUCCACCAAAAGACUGCCUGCCCCACAAAGCUCCGUGCCUUUAUGGUCCUUCAAACGCAGAUCCAGAUGAUGGAAAUUGUCCUCGCCUCAACAAAAUUCUCAAGCUCUGAAACAGAUUGGGAUACUGUCCUCCAUAAUUUUCAGGCUAUUGUUGAUAAUGCAGAAGUGUUGUUGAGUAGCUUCGAUCAGUUACCCGACCCACUGUUUUCGGUGAAGGAAGGAUUCUUAGGAGCCCUCAUGUUUUGUGGGAUCAAAUGUCGGGACUGGACGGUUCGCCAGAAGGUGUUGGCCAUCUGCCGAAAAUACAAUCGACGAGAGGGGAUGUUUUCUACCGCUGAGGCUGCUGUCCUGCUACAACGUGUUUACGAUAUUGAGUCUACAGGUGUUCCACCAGGGGAGAAAAUACCAGAGUCCGCUCGUCUGACCGCAGCUUUCAUCGCGGAACAUCCCAAUCAUUCGAAGUUCCAGCCCAAAAGUCACAUCAAAUAUCGCGAUAAAGAUGGGAAUUGGUACAGUGAGUGGCUGUCACCAUGA